GUAGUGGUGAUGCUGCUCCCUGGUGUGUAGAGGAGGAGAGAGAGCGUGUCCGCUGCCCAAUGACAGCGCAGGAUGCUGAGAGAGGCUGCUGGGUUGAAUGGAGGCGACAAGAUGCCGUCUAGAGCGGCGAAGGAGAGGAAUUAACAUCGUCAAAGAUAUGGCUUUCAGGUGCUCCGCGUAUUCAGGCAUGAAAGACGACGCCCAUGUUCAUUUCUAAGAGGCAGAGCAGUCUGAUUUCAGCACGCCGCUGUUAAGGACCCUCUGCUGGCUCCCCGCUGAAUCACAGGACAUGUACGGCAGUGCAAGAGCUGUAGGCCAUGUAGAGAGCAGCCCCGUACGGUCCCCGCGCCUGCCAAGGUCCCCCAGACUGGGCCAUCGCAGGGCGAACAGCGGGAGCGGGGGUGGUUCGGGGGGCAAGACGCUCUCCAUGGAGAACAUCCAGUCCCUCAACGCUGCCUAUGCUACGUCGGGGCCCAUGUACCUCAGCGACCAUGAGGGCGUGGGCUCCACUGCCACCUACCCAAAAGGCACUAUGACUCUGGGUCGAGCCACCAGCCGGGCCAUGUACGGGGGCCGCGUCACAGCCAUGGGCAGCAGUCCCAAUAUCGCUUCUGUGGGGCUGCCUCAUGGUGACCUGCUGUCUUACAGUGACCUGGGCUCACUCUCCAUGCUGCACCCCCACCACCACCAGGGGGUGCCCUCUGCUCUGUUGAGGCAGGCGGUGCGGGGCAGUGGGGGGGAGCUGCUGGAGAUGCAGGCCCAGCUCAGGGAUAUGCAGAGGGAGAAUGAGAUGCUGCGACGGGAGCUUGACCUGAAGGACAGUAAGUUGGGAUCUUCCACCAACAGCAUCAAGAGCUUCUGGAGCCCUGAACUGAAGAAGGAGAGGAUAAUGAGGAAAGAGGAGGCGGCUCGAACAUCCAUCCUUAAAGAACAGAUGAGAGUCACUCAUGAGGAGAACCAGCUGCUGGAUGCCAGGAGAACCAAGCAUCUCCAGAUGACCAUCCAGGCUCUGCAGGAUGAGCUGCGCACACAGCGGGACCUCAACCACCUGUUGCAGCAGGAGAGCGGGAAUCGCUCGGGCUCCGAGCAUUUCACCACCAUCGAGCUGACCGAGGAGAACUUCCGCCGUCUGCAGGCCGAACAUGACAGGCAGGCCAAGGAGCUCUUCUUGCUGAGAAAGACCCUGGAGGAGAUGGAGCUGAGGAUUGAAACCCAGAAACAAACGCUUGGAGCCCGAGAUGAGUCCAUUAAGAAGCUGCUGGAGAUGCUGCAGAGCAAGGGGCUGCCCCCCGGGCCGGGCAGGAUGUCUGAGGAGGAGGAGCAGGAGAGAGCCAGACGCAUUGCUGAGGCGGAGGCCCAGCUCGGGCACCUGGAGGUCAUUCUGGAUCAAAAGGAGAAGGAGAACAUCCAUCUGCGAGAGGAACUGCACAGAAGAAAUCAGCUGCACCAGGAUCCAAGCAAAACCAAGGCCCUGCAGACCAUCAUAGAGAUGAAAGACACCAAAAUUGCCUCUCUGGAGCGCAACAUUCGAGAUCUGGAGGAUGAGAUCCAAAUGCUGAAAGCAAACGGCUUACUGAACACAGAAGACAGAGAAGAGGAGAUCAAACAGAUGGAGGUCUACAAGAACCACUCUAAAUUUAUGAAGACCAAGAUUGACCAACUGAAGCAGGAAUUGUCAAAGAAGGAGUCAGAACUGCUGGCUCUGCAGACAAAGCUAGAGACCCUCAACAACCAGAACUCAGACUGCAAACAGCAUAUCGAGGUGCUCAAAGAGUCUCUCACUGCCAAGGAGCAACGUGCUGCCAUCCUGCAAACAGAGGUGGAUGCUCUUCGUCUGCGUCUGGAGGAGAAAGAGUCCUUCCUGAACAAGAAAACCAAGCAGUUGCAGGACCUGACAGAGGAGAAGGGUACCCUCGCUGGGGAAAUCAGGGACAUGAAAGACAUGCUAGAAGUCAAAGAAAGGAAGAUUAAUGUUCUGCAGAAGAAGAUUGAGAACCUGCAGGAACAGCUGCGGGACAAAGACAAGCAGCUGGGAAACCUGAAGGACAGGGUCAAGUCUCUGCAGACCGAUUCCAGUAACACGGACACUGCCCUGGCCACCCUGGAGGAGGCGCUGUCAGAGAAGGAGAGGAUUAUAGAGCGCUUAAAGGACCAAAGGGAGCGGGAAGACAGAGAACGUCUGGAAGAGGUGGAUUCCUAUAAGAAGGAGAACAAGGACCUGAAGGAGAAGGUCAACAGCCUGCAGAUAGAAUUAACAGAGAAAGAGUCCAGCCUCAUCGACCUGAAAGAGCACGCCUCGUCGCUGGCAUCUUCCGGCCUCAAGAAGGACUCGAAGCUCAAGUCGCUGGAGAUUGCCAUCGAGCAGAAAAAGGAGGAAUGUAGUAAGUUGGAGACGCAGUUGCAGAAGCAAGCUGAGCAGCUAUUCAGUCACAUGAACAAUCCUAAGGCCCACGAGGUGGAGCAGCAGUCGGGCUCCAGGGGGAACCCGGAUUACGUGGACCGAGUGAAGCUGCUGGAGAAGGAGGUGAGCUACUACAAGGACGAAACCAACAAGGCUCAGGCGGAGGUGGAGAGGCUCCUGGACAUCCUGCGAGAGGUGGAGACGGAAAAGAACGACAAGGACAAGAAGAUCGCUGAGUUGGAAAGCCCCCCUCCCUCUGCCCCCCGCCCCACCCCUCGUCCCGGUGGCAGAGCUCCCCCUGACCCGCUCCCUUCUGUGUCCGCUGCUCCCCAGCAGAUAGGGGGCAUGGUGUGGGAUUUCCUGGGAAAUUUAGCUCCUAGACAAGGAGGCAAAGAUCAGACUAAAAAGGGUUCAAACAUCAAAAUGGGAGCGCAAGGAGACAAGAAAGGUUUAGGACAGGACUCUCGUAAGGACGGCUCCAUCGACGGCGGCCACCAUUUAAAGUUGGAGGAGCUGAUGAACACGCUGGAAAGGACACGGCAGGAGCUGGACGCCACCAAGCAGCGUCUCUCCUCCACGCAGCAGUCCUUGCAGGAGAGAGACUCCCACCUCACCAACAUGAGACAGGAACGCAGGAAACAGCUGGAGGAGAUCCUUGAAAUGAAACAACAAGCUCUCCUCGCAGCCAUCAGUGAGAAAGAUGCUAAUAUUGCUCUGCUGGAGCUGUCUGCCUCCAAUAAAAAGAAGACCCAGGAGGAGGUGCUGGCCCUCAAGAGGGAACGGGACAAACUGAUGCACCAGCUCAAACAACACACGCAAAGCAGAAUGAAGCUGAUAGCUGACAACUAUGAAGACGUCGAUCAAUAUCACCCACACGCUCCUCACCACCCCCAGCCUCAACCUCCACAUGCUCAGCCUCAGCCCCAGCCACAGUACCCCCACCCUCCCCACGCCCAGCAGACUCCCUAUCCACACGCUGCGCAUCCGCAGCAUCCACAGCAUCCGCAGCAUCAGCAGCAGCAUCCGCAGCAUCAGCAGCAUCCGCAGCACAUGCAGCACCCGCAGCACCCGCAAGCCCCCCAGCAGCACCCGCACCCGCAGCAGCCACAGCCCCAGUACCCUCACCCUUCCCACCCACAGCACCAGCCGCACACGCAGCCCCCUCCGCAGCACCAACAGCACCCACGUCUCCCGCAGCCCCAGCACCCGCACACGCAGCACCCCCAGCAUCCCCCACAGCACCCACACGGGCACGCCCCGCCGCAGCAUCCCCACCCUCAGCACCCGCAUGGGCCUCCCCAGCAAGGGCAGCAUCCCCAACAUCCACACCCCCAGCACCCGCAGCACCCUCAGCACCCUCAGCACCCUCAGCACCCGCACCAUGCCCAGCACCCACGUCACCCAUCGCCCCAUCAUCGUGGAGGGCCAGCCCGAGGACCCCCACAUGCCGGACACCGCCCUUCCCCAGACCAGGAUGACGAGGAGGGCAUAUGGGCAUAAUCCUAGCUGUGACAACCAAAGCUCUAAUGUUGUUUUGAGGACGAGUCAGUAUCUACUGGAUGAGGACAGCCAUGCCAUGAUGUUGAAACACUACCAGACUAAACAUUUAUUACCUCCACUCAAUCAAUACUCAGCAAUGGGACCUAUGAUUUUUGUUGUUUUUCGGGAGGGAGGGAGCAGGG